UUUAUCAGUGGUCACAGAGUACGUCUCUGAAGGAAAAUGUAUAUAUCGUACGAACAAAAUUAACGGUCUCCUUGCAGUAGCGCUGUUAAGUCAGCAUGUUUGUUGCCAUAUUAUUCACCUGUAUUGGUGUGCUACAUGCAGAGCCGUUCACUAUCAUAAAUGAGUUCCCAGGCGGCACGGAAGCCUCGUUCACUGUGCAUGCAGACCAUGCUAUACACGGAUGGCAAGUCCGCCUUGUGUUUGAUAGACCAAUAUAUCAACUAAAAAUAUGGGUUGCAGACAUUGUAUCACAUACACCAACGGAAUGGGUUGUUCGAAACAAGGAAUAUAAUCGUGACGUCUCACCAGGCAAUGACGUUACUGUUGAAUUUCAGUACUUUUACUCAGGGGAUCAGGUGCCACAUGGAACAUAUACAAUACAAGGUUUUGAACUAACUGGAUAUGGCACUACAUUUGCAAGUAAUACGGCUUAUUCGUAUCUUUCUGCAACAGCAUCCAGCAUGAGAUACAACUACAGUGAGGCUCUUGGUUUAUCAAUAUUAUUCUAUGAUGCACAGAGGUCCGGCAAACUUCCGACCGACAAUCCUAUACCUUGGCGUGGUGACUCCGCCCUUAGUGACGCAGACAAUAGACAUGAUCUGAGUGGUGGAUGGUAUGAUGCCGGCAAACAUAUAAAGUACAACUUUCCGAUGGCUUUCUCGACCUGGGUGCUAGAAUGGGGUAUGUUAAAGUUUGCGGAUGGAUACAAGACGGCUGGACAAGUCAAUAUGGCGUGUGACAUGAUAAGAUGGCCUCUGGAAUACUUUCUUAAAAGUUGGAUCCCGGAAAAAAAUAUUCUCUACGUCCAGGUCGGGGACCCUGAUUUUGAAGACAUUUACUGGGGUCGGGCAGAAAAUAUGAACAUGUCACGUCCUGCAUACAAAGUGACAGAAAGCUGUAAAGGUAGUGAUGUUGCUGGUGACACCGUGUCAGCUUUUGCCGCCGGAUAUCUCGUCUUCAAGCACAUGUGCUCAGAUGCAGUCUUUGCUGAUAAGUUACUAACUGCGGCGAAAAGUUUAUAUACCUUCACAGUCAACAAUCGUGGACGUUAUACUGAUUGCCUGACAAAAACUAAAACCGCUUAUGGGUCAAGUUUUGAAAAUGAUGAAGUAGCCCUGGCAGCAGUUUGGAUGUACAAGGCCACACGUGACAAUACAUACCUGUCAUAUGCAAGAGGACAUUAUCCCGGAGGUACAUCUUGGACGUUCUCAUGGGAUGAUGUCAACCCAGCGGUGGCUUUAUUGCUGUACGAAGAAACUAGACACAGUGUUUAUAAAAGAGAUAUUGAAUCCUUUAUAAGAGACUUUUUACCUGGUGGGAAAAGGUAUUAUACACCCUGUGGCCUUGUCUGGGUGGCUGAAUGGGGAACCAGUCGAUAUGCAGCAAACGUUGCGCUGAUUGCUCUCAUGGCAGCGGAAGAAGGAAUCCAGCCUGACACCUACAAAAAGUGGGCAUUGUCACAGAUAAACUACAUUCUAGGCGAUAACAAACUACAUAUCAGUUACAUGAUAGGCUUUGGUAACGCUUUCCCACUUCACCCACACCAUAAGGGAAGUGCAUGUCCAACAAACGUUGACUGGUGUUUUGAAAACGCAAGUGGUCCUAAUCCAAACAUAUUGUACGGAGGACUAGUGGGAGGACCUGAUCGCAAAGACAACUACAGUGACAAACGGGAAGACGAAAAACAAAACUCGGCAACAUGUGAUGGCAAUGCUGCCUUUCAAUCAGCACUGGCUGGUUUGGUUCACCUGGCAGUUAGAGAUAGUUUACCAAGAGCUCCAGAUUCACGCUGUUAAUAUAUUUUAAAGAAAUAAAGAUUGAUGCAUA